AGAGCCUCCGUGUUCGUAGAAAGCAACUGGACGAAUAGCUAAAAAAAUAGCAGUUGCAGAAUGGCUAUUCUUCACGUCAUUUUAACCAUGUUAUUCAGUGAGUGUCUCAGUUACACCUACGUGGAUUUAAGUCACAGCCUGCACAACGAUACUAUGCACUGGCCAACAGCUAUACCGGUAUCUGUUGAGGUGGUUGCCAAAGGGGAGACAGCGAAAGGAUAUUGGUACGAGUCUAACAACAUCUGUUUGUCCGAGCACGCUGGAACCCACGUCGAUGCACCGGCACACUUUUUUGAAGACAGGUGGCAUGUCGAUGAAAUUCCUCUGUCGCGUUUGAUGGGCCCAGGCGUUGUACUGGACAUCCAAGAGAAAACGGAGAAUAAUCCUCUGGCUGAGUUGACCGUGGACGAUAUUACCAGGUGGACGGAAGCGAACGGACCUCUCCCCGAUGGCGUGGUGGUGUUCGUCCUGACCGGUUGGGGCAGCAGAUACGGGGACAAAGAGGCGUAUUUUGGAUCCAAUAGCAGUGACGGCUCCAAUUUAAAAUUCCCUGGAAUCAGCGUCGACGCAGCCAAAUACCUGACGGCGCUGAAGAACGACUCGGGACUGCUGGGGGUCGUGGCGGUCGGCCUCGACACCCCGUCCCUCGACAACGGUGCCUCGACGACCUUCCCGACGCAUGUGGAAUUAUUCGAACACAAUGUCUAUGGCUUAGAGAAUGUGGCUAACCUUGAGAGGCUUCCUGCAAAGGGAUUCCACGUAACAGUGAUGCCCAUGAAGAUCCGCGAGGGAAGCGGCGGCCCCGCAAGGAUCUUCGCUAGCAUCCCGGACGCCGACGACGACGACGCCUGUACUCAUCACAACCAUCGCUCCGCCGCCACCACGUACCUGGCGCCCGUCCUGCUCGUCCUCAUUGCUGUGGUAUUUAUUAUGAUCGUUUAAAUUUGUUGUGUACUCGAGUGAAUGGAAUUAUGCGCUUCUGUUACAAAUCAAAAUAAAAUUAGAUAUU